CCGGCGCAGCGUGGCCAUGGCGGCGGCGGCGGCGGCCCGCGGGGCCCUGGCGGGGAUCCUGCGGCGCUGGGCCCCCCGCGCGCUCCCGCUCGGCGGCCCCUGCGCCCGGUGCAUCGGGCACGGACCGGCCCCGGCCCUGGCCCCGGCCCCUGCUCCGCUCUGGACCCCGCGGCUGCUCGGCGACAACCGGACCCGGGCAGGGGCCCCCUCGGUGCUCAGCAGUGUCACACCUCUACUUCCAAGUUUACUCCAGCAACCAGCGAAGAGCCUCACCUACUGCAGCCUACGGAAAGGAAAGAGGAAAAGUGUGAAAGCUGUGGUCAAAAGGUUCCUCCGGCUGCACAACGGCCUCUGGGUUAGGAGAAAGUCUGGUUAUAAGAAGAAGCUGUGGAAGAAGUCAGCUGCCCAGAAGAAGCGUUUGAGGGAGUUGGUGUUGUGCACCAGGACACAGUGUAAGCUCCUGGAUAAAAUGACCACUUCCUUCUGGAAAAGAAGGACCUGGUACGUUGAUGACCCCUACCAGAAGUACCACGACCGCACAAACCUUCGUGUGUAGAAAUCUUGGCUUUGCCCAUCUCUGGAAAGGGGCAGUGGUCAUGUGGCAUGGUCUGGGUUUUGGAACGUCUGUAAUGCCUUUUUUAAAUAAACAUGUGCAUAUCAUCUGAACAGAAUUAUGGGAAUCAAUGCCCGCAAUAAAGGAAUACUCGAAUUUA